AUGCAGCAAGAGAAGAAGCAUGAAUGUGCUGUAGAAGACUUUUCUCGUGUCUCAAAAGACAAAGGGGAACCCCAGGAGUUAUUCCCGAAGGUGUUUCCAAACAUCCGCAUGCUAAUCUUCCCAUUCCGCUUCCUCGGGUACUGGAUUGUACGCAAGCUCUGGACGAAGGACCCUCAUGCUCCACAAGCACGAACACUGUUGGACGACAUCAUUUUUGGUGAAGGUCCACGCUUCCGAGUUUCUACGAAGGAACUCUAUUUUACUGACAUGCACGACAAGAAGGUUGUCAAGUAUUCGCUGGCAACCGGCAAGAGGACGGUUGUAUACACCGACCCCGACGAUAUGCUAUCUGGUUUGGGCUGGCUGCCUGAUCGUCGCUUGCUGAUUUCAUCCAUGAACAAGCGGCAGGUGAUUGUCUAUGACGAGGAGACCAAAACUACUAAGCUGUACGCAGACUUAAAGGACGUGACGCAAGUUCGAGCCAACGACAUGGUGGUUGCAAUUUCUGGUCGUGCAUAUGUCGGUAGCUUUGGUUUCCAUCACUCGGACAUCCUGUCAAUCAAAAGCUCUACGAUCGUCAGCGUUGACAAGGAAGGCAUUAUUCGUGUCGAAGCAACUGGCGUAGUGUUCCCAAAUGGGAUGGUUAUCACCCCCGACGGGAAAACGCUUAUUGUUGGCGAGACGUUCGAAGGGCGAUUAACAGCGUACGAUAUUGACGAGGACGGAAGACUCUCGAACGGUCGAAUGUGGGCAGACAUUGGCUCCCCCAUUGAUGGCAUCUGUCUUGAUGCAGAAGGUUGCGUCUGGACCAGCAUUGUUCAGUCUGGGUUGUAUCAAACUGGUGGCGGUUUGGUGCGUGUGAAAGAGGGUGGUGAGAUCACGGAUGUGCUCGGUUUCGGGGCGAACGGGAUUCUCAACUCGGUGUUUGCGUGUCAAUUGGGUACGGACGUAGAGGACAAGCAUCAGCUCUUCUUCAUGGAGGCAGUGACUUCAAAAGACCACUUGAUUUGGAAAAAUGGCCCUGAGAUAGCCAGGAAGAAUGGCCGGAUGCGUGCUAUUGAGGUCAAGGUCGGACCGGCGCGUAUCCAAGACAAUGACAGCUACUGCGGCGGUUACUGCUGA